AGCUCAUCAUCGCCGCGACGCCGCCGCCACCGCCACCGACGCCGCGGCCGCCGCCGGAAUGAAGGCCCUCUCCGCCGCCGACAGCGCGGCAUCCCCGGCGACAAAGAUCACCAUCCCGUACUACUCCGCGGCGGCGGGGGCCGGCGAGGCGGGGCCGCCGUUCGGGAAGGGGCGGUACAAGGUGUGGGCCUUGGCGGCCAUCGCGCUCCUCGCGCUCUGGUCCAUGUCCGCCGCCUCCGCCUCCCUCCGCUGGUCCUCCGGCCGCUUCCUCCUCGCCGCCACCGCCUCCGAGGACCUCGACGCGCCCCUCCUCGACGACCUCGACUCGCUCGAAAUGGAGGAGAGGGAAAAAUUAGUGGGUCGAAUGUGGGACAUGUACACACGCACCGGUGAUGAGGUCCGACUUCCACGAUUCUGGCAGGAAGCCUUUGAGGCUGCCUACGAAGAGCUUGCUGGUGAUGAUAUGCAGGUCCGUGAUGCAGCCAUCUCUGAGAUAGCUCGAAUGUCAGCCCACAGGCUUGAACUGGAGCAGCCAGUGAAUGAGGAAGAAAAGACUAGAAGUAAUGAACAUGGUAGUCCAAAGUUGAAGAAGUAAUGUUUUAUAGUUAAACCUGACGAUCCAUUGCAGACAUCUUGCGCCGUCACUCCCGUCAGCUAGUGCAGAAUUGGGAGCUCCCUUGUAGUAGUAUUACAGGCAUUCAAUCUAUUUGUGCCAUCUAGUGCAAAAAUUGCGUCUCUUGCCCUCUGUAACGCUAUUUUAUCUUGGUACGUGGGUAAGCAAAAGCUUGCCGUGAUAAAAUACAGCGAAUUAUUUUAUUAUCAUGCUGCGCUUUAGCGGGUUUCGAUCUAAAUAUAAAACUACAGCUACUUGCUCUAUACAGGAAGUUGGGUUUGGCUGUUUGAGUUCCUGUUGUCAACCUUAGAAAACUUUAGCUGUUAAUAUGUGUAAACGUGUAUGGAUUGUAAAGGGUUCAGAACAUCCUUUUAUUCUAAAGGUCCCAAGAACAGGAAAAAACCGACCUGUAUGUUUGUUCCA